AUGUCAGCUCUCCUCAUGUCCCGCACCGCCCUCCGGCGUUCAGCGCUCGGCGCCGGCAUCAGUCUGUCCAUCGGCUCGGCCAUGGUACUCACACAGCCCAAGCUUCGGAUGGACACUCUUGCAACAUCGCGUGCAACCAUAUCCACCAAGUCCGGACCUUCGAAGGAAAGGCUGGAUCCCGACGUGAUCAAGCAGCUGUCCAGCGGGAGUAUGACAGGUUUCCUGGCAGGGUUGCUCGUAAGCGUGUUUUCAAAGGCACUGGUGCUACUCAUGGGUGUUUCUUUUGUCCUGGUACAGGUGGCUGCGAGUUACGGUGUUGACCUGAUAGGGCAGCUCAGAAUGAAGCAACAGCUGCAAGAGUCGAAGGUACUGGCGGCACUACGGAAAAACCCGACUUUCAAAGUAUCAUUCGGGCUCUUCUUUGCCGCAUCGGCAUUUAUGAGUUUCUAG